CGGCCGCUUAUUUCGAGAAGAAGAAGAGUUUUUUUCCCCUUCGUUUCGUGUGGACAGACUCAAGAAACAUUUAAAAGGAAGAUCUCGAAUUUCAGUUCAUUAAGCUACUUUGUUUUGUUUUGCUCAAAGGAAUUUAGAGUUAAAGUAAAAUGUCAGCGUGGGCGAAGUCAGCUGCGGGCGCGCUGCGGCCUUCAAGUAGCUCAAACGGGAGUGCUCAACAGCUGCGUUUGUUCCGGAGAGGAGCCCCGUACCCGACCAGGGAGGAGCGGAGCAGCGAGCUGAAGGAUGCUCUGGACAGUUAUGAGGAGUUAGAACAAAUGCAGAACUUCAGUGGCACCGCAAAGAAGUUUGAGGGAUAUAAGCAGCAGCAGUCGGCUGCCAAGUCGGAGGUGUGCUCUCCGUCAGACAGACGCAAAGCUCUGUACCAGAAGUUCUACAAGCAGGUGCAGGAGGAGAAGAAGCCGGCCGACUGCGUCGUCCUCUCCAUCACCAAUGAGUGUCCGGAAUACCCCAAAUCGCUAAGCCAGUGCUUGCAGGAGCGCGGCCUGUCAGUGGAAAUGCUCUACCUCCAAGCGGAAUCAGGCCUGACCCGGGCCUUGCAGGAUGUCCGAGCAGAUGGCUCGCCGUUAUGUAUACUGGUGGAGCAGAAAAACAUAGCUCUGUCCUCCUGCACUGUUAUCAUUUUCUCAGAGUCCCUCAAAAUCCAUCGCAACAUGCCCAAGGAGCAGGCCAUGGAGCUGGUCCAGGCGGAGUACAGCCGCGGGCUGGUCAAAGACCGCUCUCCACGGGACCCCGCAGACACCGCGGCGCAGGCGUCUCAGCUGCUUGACGACUAUCUGGAUAGAGAGAAAAUUGAGCGCCACGUCGUUCCCACCGAAGUCCGGCAGCUCCUGCGGCUGUUGGCGGAGGGGGUGCACGUGUACCCCGAGGAACUAGAGAUCAUCUCAGAGUACGUCACCUCACGGCAGAACUACGUUCAAGUCUCAAAUGCAGAGGCGGACGGGGGAAAUGCUUCUCCUUCAGGUCUGGGAAAACCGCCUCCUCUGCUUCCCACCCCGCCUCGCCCUUUACAGCCGCAGCCUGCGGGUUUAAUGGGGGAGCACUCCCCCUCUCUACCCCUGCCGCUCCUACCUUCACCAGGUUCUCACCUCAAAACCAAGCCUCCCCCCCUGCUCUCUCUGCACGGACUGUCGGGGGCCCCCAUCUCUCGCGGCCCCCUGCUCUCACACAAUCCUUACGCCGGUCCUGGUAUGUCCCGCGGACCCCUGCUGUCUCACGUCCCUCCAUUCCACAUGGGCCUCAGAGGCCCCCAUGGUCCAAGAAUGGCCCCUCCCUCUUUAAAGAGCUCCCGUCCUCCCCUUUUGGCCACUCCAGGUGUUCCCCGCCUGGCAGGCCCGAGGCACUGAAACCUGACUGGCCUGUCGGCACGCAGACCGCAGUGCUUUUGAGCAUUUCAACUUGAGCAGGAAGUCCAACAACAACGAGAAGAGUCCUUCGCCGCCUCCUUUUUCCAAGCUGUCAGCCACAUCUAUAAUUACGUCACAAAGAAACAGUCAGCAAAGCAGCAGCGUGUCCCAACACUUCCUGCUCUCAGGAUUUUGUGGUUUAGGUCGCACAGUGGCGCCUCCUGCUGUUUUUUCUUUCUUUUCAAGAUGGUGCUUAACCUGCGUGACAGAGCAGCAACUGAGUUUGUUGUAGAAAAACGUAGAUUUGAACUCAGUUUGUACAGUUUAUGUGCAUGUUAUGACCUUUUGUGUUUUUGACUAUUAGUUUCUGAACGCAUCUGUCAGCACUUUUUAUUUCUAUUUUUUUUUAGUUUAACCUAAUCGUGAGGCUUUCCCUCAUUGGACCACUUCAGAAACCAUCUAGGUUUUUAUUUUUUUGGUCAAGAAGAAAUCCAUGGUUGAAGCUGCUUUGUACAUUUGACAGUGAACUGUUCAUAUUUAGCCACUUCAGAGGAGACUUCUUGACACACAGCAGGACUAAAUCCUAACUUUCUCAAAAAUGUCUUAAGAUAAUUUAACAUGUUAUAAUUUUAGACUUUUCAUGUGAUCUAUUUUUGUUUUAAGAGAAUAAACAUGAAAAAUCAAAGUC